GAGCAGGGACCGAGCACUGAGCCGCACUCAGGGGCCGCACUCAGGGGCCGCACUCACCGGACACCGCUCUUAACCUCGGACAAGUUACUUGUAUGAAAGGCAAACACUUCCAAGCUUUGCAGAGUUCUCUUUUCUCCCCUGAAGGCUCUGGAAGCAGGACAGGAUGUCGGACCUUCCAGCGCAAGACCACCUCGCUGGGAUUUUAUCAGAUUUUGAAGCCCUGAAGAAAUCUUUCGACAUUGAAGAUAUGGAUGACAUACCGGCCUCCUCAGCAUCACCUGUCUCCUCCCCCAUUCCGCUCCCUUCCUUCCAUCGCUUCCCCAAUUAUGAUGAAGCCACUGAGGAGCAAGGAGGGGAUGGUCAAUCUUCUUCUUUUGUCUUUAACAACAGCAUGGGCUCAGCAUCCCACUCAAGCAUCCACAUGAGUUCCAGUCCUAGCCGUGCACUCAAGACUCAUACUCUAAGCAGCAGCUUGUCCUUUAGCCGAGUAACUGAGAACAAACCAGGCAUCUACAACAAAGGCUCAUCUGUGGUCAGAGCUGCGUCAUUUCAAAGCCGGUUAAACUCUGGCUCCCCAAAUAUUUGCUCCCCACCAUCUGGUCCAGGGAGUGACAACGACAGCCUUCAUAGCUCAACAUCCAGCCUGGAGUACUCUAGUGGGAGAGGUUAUACCAUGGCAUCCUAUCACAGCCCUCAUCCCCCGAGAGAGUGCCAUGGAAAUCAGCUCCAGCAACAACAACACCUUAAAGCAAAUAUGAAGAAAUGUGUUUUCAAGUCUGAGAUUAAACAAGAGCCAGGGGUGAUGCUUGGUAGUAGAGAGCCUCAGAAGAUGAACCAUGGCUUCAUAUCAAUCAUGGAUUUUCAAAUCGCAAAUGAAGAAGCAGGAAUGAUGGAAGUGAAAAGAGGGAUCAGUGGAUGUAGGAUCUGGCCUGGGAUGACCGACGUUGAUGCAAAUGGAAAGCAAAAUGGUCGUUUUCAUAGUGUCAGUUCCUUUGGGAAAAGUGACUCCAAUAAGGUUUGCCAAAAAGGACCCCAGGUUUUCAAAACUCGACAGACCAAGGCCAAAGAAAUUCCACGUCUUAACAAGUUUCCACUGGACCUAGACAGCUUGGUGAGCAACAUCUCAAAUGCCCCCAGUCAUAAACCACAGAGCUCAGGUGGACUUCAUGAUCAAAUCUACAGCCUUUCAUUAACAGGAGCUAGGCCCUCUGCCUCUCUCAGCAGCUUAAGUAAUUCUUCUGACACACCAUGCCCCAUCUUUAGCUAUCCCAUUUCACCAUUCCCCCCAUAUUCUCCAGAUCCCUCACAGGGCUCUUUGUCCCCAAUUCACCCUUCUCCAACUGAGGGUCUUCAGCUGGACACUUUGACAGACUCCCAAGUUGUCAAGGUGGUUCCCAGUGUGCAUAGUUCUCGCAGCUCCUCAAGCUCUGGACCCGUUUAUACUUUGGAAGAUUGCAGAUGUGAUGCAGGAGAUAGCAUGGACUUGAUCCUACAGAGAAUCGCCUCUUUCUCUUUACCUGUCAUGAGUGACACUCGCAUGGGCUAUAUGGCCCAACCUCCCAAACCUUUCCAAAGAACAAAUGGGUUGUCAUCGACAUUUGGGUUUCCCUUAGAGACUACACCCAAGACUACAUGGCAAGAAGAAAAGGGGAAACUUGGAGAAAUUGCUGGAGAGUUGCAGAGGGACCCAUUCACCCUAAUGGAGGAGAGAGAGGAGAGGGAAAACACGAUCACGCAAGAAAAGCAGGAAGAUGAAGACAAGAACAAAGAACAGCAAAAUAUUCAGACUUCCAUGGCUGAAAAAGAAAAAUGUGCAAUGGUUCCCCCAGAGGAGGAGAAUGGCAGGGAGAAGGGAAUGGAAGCUGGGGAGAUAAAGAAAGAGACGGAGCUGGAGGAAGAGGGGAAGCCAGGGCUUAGCCGGUCUGGUCCAGGUCUGCAGACCAGCUUCAUCCAGAGCCCGGACCUGUUCGGCUACGUGGGGAUUGAGGCAGUACUGGAUCAGAUGAAGUGCAAGACCAUGAAGGCUGGCUUUGAGUUCAAUAUCAUGGUGGUUGGUCAGAGUGGUUUGGGGAAAUCCACACUGAUCAACACGUUGUUCAAAUCCAGAGUCAGCCGAAAGUCCUGCACACCCAAUUAUGAAGAGAAGAUAUCCAAGACAGUCAAACUGCAUGCAGUGAGUCAUGUGAUUGAAGAAAAAGGGGUGAAGAUGAAGCUGACAGUCAUUGACACUCCAGGAUUUGGAGACCAGAUCAACAAUGUAAACUGUUGGGAUCCUAUAGUGAAGUACGUCAACGACCAGUAUGAGAAGUACCUGAUAGAAGAGCUGAACGUCCAUCGCAAGAAGAGAAUACCUGACAGCAGAGUCCACUGUUGCAUCCAUUUCCUCCCUGCUACUGGACAUAGGUUGCGCCCUAUUGAUGUUGAGUUCAUGAAGAGGUUGGGGAAGAUUGUGAGCAUCGUCCCUGUCAUUGCUAAAGCUGACACACUAACUGUUGAGGAAAGACAGGAGUUCAAAGAAAAGAUCAGACAAGAUUUGCUAGCCAAUGGAAUUUGUGUUUACCCCCAGAGGGAGUAUGACGAAGAUCCCGAAGAGCGCAUCCUCAAUGACCGCAUCAGGGAAAGUAUUCCCUUUGCUGUGGUGGGGGCCAACAGGGAGCACCAAGUGAAUGGAAACAGUGUGCUUGGUCGUAAAACAAAGUGGGGAAUCAUUGAAGUUGAAAAUGUGGAGCACUGUGAGUUUGCCAACCUGAGAGAUCUACUUAUAAGGUCUCACUUGCAGGACCUGAAAGAUGUGACGCACAACAUCCAUUACGAGACCUACCGAGUGCAACGACUCAAUGCGAGCAAUAUGAACUUCAGUGAACUCGUUCUGUCCACCUGGCAACUAGAAAAUGGAGCUGACAAAUGCGAGACUGAGAGCCAGCUCUGAUCUCUCCAUUGUCCCCACCUGGCUCGCGUCCCCACGGAUGUGCUGAUGCGUCCCUGCAGUUGUGAUGGCGGAUGACUGCAACCAUAGAUUUCUUUUCUGUAAUAAAGAAUGAAAUUGAUCAAACAUUUUCAUUUUUUUUAUCUGUGACCAAGUAGUGGAUUUUGGGGCAUUGAGAAAUUUUAUGCAAGUUUAUACAUAUGAUAAAAGAAAUGUACUGGAAAAUUGAUUUAUUUGAAAGUAAGACCACAUACAUUGUUGGAGGUCAUUGAUGAAUGGGUGCAGUGGAAAAUUGAGACUAAUAUAACGGAGUCUCUUGUUUACCAUAUACCAUUUCAAUGUUUAAGUGACUGCAUACGAUGUCCACAGACAAGUUGGCUUAAUUACACCUGGGUUGAAUGUUACUGCAUGUAAAAGCAGGCGCAUUACCUACCAGCGCAACUGUAAAGCUCCUCCUGUGCCAACCACAACUACUGAACAUUUGACUCUUUGUCUGUGCAACCUGUCUCAGCUGGUAAUCUUUCUUCAACCUACAACACGUGAGUGGAUGAUGUCUGUUAGAUCUGGUUGUGUGCAUUAUGCACAGAUGCACUGUAGUUUGCAUUCUUGGGUUGCCAUUAUUUUCCUAAUAAGAUCUAAAUCUAAGGAUGGAUGUAACUGACUGUAGGUCUGAUAGUAGGAUUUCUUGGGCCAACAUUUUUUUGUUGCAUGUCAGCAUUGAUUACAUUUGCAGGAGCUCACGUGUACACAUUGGAUAGAAAUGAGAAUUCAUCCAGUUGAUGUGUUCAAGAUGUUUGACCCACAAACAGUGUCAAAGAUUCUUUUUUCAAAAACUGAAAAUAAACAAAGUGCCGGAAAAAAACCCUCUUCAUUUUCUCCAUUUCCAUUUGAAAUAUUUGAGUAUUUAUAGAAGAAAGCUAAAGUAUUUUUCAGGUCCCCACUCAGUGAGACAUGAUUCUGCUGGGUGAACACCGGUAACCAGCAGGUAUUUUGGUGCUGGUUAGGAUUUAAGCCAAACAUAUAGGUAUUAUUCUACAGCGGGACAGAAGGACAAACCCACAACAAGACGGCUUCAAAAACAUCAACAUACAGAAACUUUGUCAAGCAAGUCGAGAAGAAAUGUAAAGGAAUUACAUGAACAUGAAAACAAACUUGUGG